AUGGCGGGCUGCCUCCUGCUGCGCCUCCUCCUGGCCCUGGCCCUCGCCGCCCCCCAGGCAGGGGCCUCGGCCUUCCUUCCCGCCGCCGAGGCCGCGCGCGUCCUGGGGCGCGGCCGGCGCGCCGGCGCCUACCUGCUGGAGGAGCUCCUGCAGGGGCACCUGGAGAGGGAGUGCCUCGAGGAGGUCUGCGCCUACGAGGAGGCGCGGGAGGUGUUCGAGGACGACGCCCGCACGGACGCGUUCUGGCAGCAGUACCGGGGCGGCGCCCCGUGCGCCUCCCAGCCCUGCCGCAACAACGGGUCCUGCCGGGACCACAUCCGCGGCUACAGCUGCGCCUGCCCGGCCGGCUUCGAGGGCCCGGACUGCGCCUUCGCCACGGGCGCCUGCCACCCCCGGAGGCCGGACGGCUGCGCCCACUUCUGCCGCCCGGGGCCGCGCGCCCCCGUGUGCAGCUGCGCGCCCGGCCACCGGCUGGGCCCCGACCGCAGGUCCUGCGAGCCGCGCGACCGCUGCGCCUGCGGAGCCCCGGGCCCCCCGAGCGGCGGGCGCGGCCGGCGCGCCUUCCCGUGGCAGGUCAAGCUCGCCAGCGCCGCGGGGGAGGACUUCUGCAGCGGCGUCUUGCUGCGGGCGGACUUCGUCCUGACCACCGCGGGCUGCGCGCUGCGGCACCCGAGCGUCCGCGUGAAGACCGGGCUGCACCGGCCGGGCAGGGAGCCGCCAGCCACGGCCGUGCGGAGCGUGCACGUGCACCUGCGGCACCACCCGGACUCGGGGGACAACGACUUGGCGCUGCUGCGGCUGGCCCAGCCCGUGCGCUGCCCGGAUGCCGGGCUGCCCAUCUGCUUGCCCGAGCGGGACUUCGCCGAGCGCGUCCUGAUUCCCGGGACCGGCGGCCUCCUCAGCGGCUGGACGCUCAAUGGCUCCCAGCUGGGCCCCGCGCCCACACAGCUGCCCGUCACCCGCCUGGACGACGAGGCCUGCGGCAGGGCCCUCAACGCCACGGUCACCACCCGCAGCUACUGCGAGGGGGGUGCAGGGGCCGGCACACGGCACUGGGCAGGGGGUGGCCUGGUGGCCAGGGAGCACCGGGGCACCUGGUUCCUGACCGGGCUCCUGAGCGCGGCACCCCCACGGGAGUCUGCGCCGGCCACCGUGCUGCUCACCAGGGUGCCCAGGUUCUCCCUGUGGGUCAGGCAGGUCACACAGCAGGCCAGGGAGGGCGGAGUGGCCACCGUGGGGCAGGACGGACGGCCACCUGGGCAGCCGUGAGGGUCCCCAGGGCACUGGCCACCAUACCCUGGCCCCUCCAGUCCCUGCUGAGUAGGGCCACCUCCUCCCAGGACUUCUUGCCCCAGGGAGACCUGAAAGAGAGACGCAGAAUAAUAAAAGCCCCCUUGGGCAGUCAUGAAAAGCCUGGUUUCCUGGCCUUGUCUCUGGAGUCCAGGGCUGC